AUGGCUGCUCAAGGUGAUGCUGAGAACCAACGACCAGAACACACCGAAGAAACUCCGCUGCUCAACGGAGAGAAUCAUGAGGCACAAGAGCAGGUGGGAGCUGCGCAUUCUUUACUGCGGCGAUGCUUCUCGUACUCGUUGAAAGUGCUGGCCAUUCUUAUCGUGGUCGGUAUCACGAGCCUCUUUGUUAAAGGCUGGAUCGAUGCUGGCAGCGAUUUCGACUUUGACUUAAAAAAUGCGCUGAAGAAAGCGCUUGGCGGGGGCCUGAGUGGUGCCGCGGCCAUGGUUCUUCAGGUGCUGCUACUCAUGCCACUGCGAACCAUCAUGAAUUACCAGUACCGAUAUGGGACUUCGUUUUCGACAGCGAGCGCGACCCUGUAUACUAGUGGAGGCCUUGGGCGCUACUACCACGGCAUCGGCGCUGCGUUGAUUCAAGGCCCCGUCUCGAGAUUUGGCGACACUGCUGCCAAUGCUGGUAUCCUUGCGCUUCUCCAGUCAAACUCAUAUCUCAAAAACCUGCCGGUGCUGGUCAAGACAGUAUUCGCCUCUCUUUGCGCUGCCGCUUUCCGAAUGAUACUUACGCCGGUCGAUACCUUCAAGACAACCCUCCAGGUCGAAGGCGCACAUGGGACCUCUCUGCUCCGUGACCGCAUCAAGAAACACGGCCUUGGUACGCUGUGGUGGGGAGCAUUUGCUACUGCAGGGGCUACAUUCGUGGGACAUUACCCAUGGUUUGCAACGUACAACACAUUGAGCGAAGCCAUCAAAGAGCCGCCCAAGGACCAGUUUUUUCUCUGGCUUCUGCGGCUAGCGUUUAUCGGAUUCGCCGCCUCGUUGGUGUCUGAUUGUGUAUCGAACUCGCUGCGGGUGGUGAAGACGUAUCGCCAGGUCCACGAGACGCAGGUUUCCUACACCAAAGCAGCAAAAUUGGUCAUCCAGGGCGAUGGUGUAUCGGGCCUUUUCGGUCGCGGACUGCCGACUCGCAUCUUGUGCAACGGCCUGCAAGGGCUUCUGUUUUCUAUCCUGUGGAAGCUGUUCCUCGACUUUUUGGAGUAA